CUUCACCAUUUUGCUUAAAAAUUUGUGCCAGGACAGUUCAUAUGAAUAUCUCGCCAUUUUCACCAUCAAAAACGUUCCGUAAUACCGUGAGCUACUCAUUUUUCAUAUUUUCGUUCAAUUUGCUUUACGUAAUAGACCCCUUGGAUCGUAUCUGCGUAUUUAUUAAAGCGAUGUAGACACAUGCGAUUGAGUGGAUCCGAACCCGUUAAAUCUCGGAUUGAGCAGUUCGAUGGAAAUGUAGUCAAUGUUUACAAAAGUUAAAUCACAUGUUCACAUUAUGCUGUGAGAUAGUAUGAGAUUAUGAGUACGAAAAUGAUUUCAGUUAAAAAAUGUUGUUCGUACUGCUGAAUUUAAUCCAAUGCUUUAUUCUAUUUUAAAAAUCUUAAAUUAUUUUAUUGCUAAUGUCCUGCUAAUAUUUGAUACAAUUGAUAUGUCAUGCAGCACAAUGACUGAUAAGAAAUAUUCUCUACAUGAGAUUGAACAAAAAAGAUUAUUAGCCUUGCAACGUAAAGAAGAGACAGUAAAAAAACUACAUGCUACUGAGGUUGUGAAGCCUUCAAAUGGCAAUGCAAAAGAUAAUAUACAAACAAAAAUAAAAGGAGCUCAAUCUCCCUUAGCACAGCAUUCUAUGGGUCGAAGUAGUCACCAAAAACAAACAUUCAGACAAAAUAGAAAUAAUUCAAAUAUUUUACGGUCCCCUUUAAAAUCAAAUCGCUUUAACCCUAUUGAACCUCGAAUAUUUUUUGGCCAGCAAAAAGCUGUGACUGGAAAAUGCUAUAUGAUCAGUGAAGUGACAUUUGCAAUCGAAACAGAUUCAUUUCAUCAACCUCUCAUUGAUAUAUAUAAAUCAAUACCUAGUAAAUCAUAUGAUUUAAUAACUAGAAUUUGGAGUUUUCACAUAAGUGACUAUGAACUUCUUAUGGAAAAAUUACUACAAUUUCGACCAAAUGUAUGCAUUGCUGGUUUACCUAAAAUUGUUAUGCAGACAUUCAUGAACAAUUCAAACAUAAAAUGUGAUAUGGAAAGAAUAGAUUUAAGUUCAGUAGAUCCAGUAUUACUCCAGAAGUUAUUUCCAUUUCAAUUAGAAGGAGUUUGUUUUGGAAUAUCUAAGAAAGGUAGGUGUAUAAUUGCGGAUGACAUGGGACUAGGAAAAACAAUUCAGGCUCUGGGAAUCGCUCAUUACUAUAAGAAUGAUUGGCCGCUUCUAAUCGUUGCUCCUUCGUCAAUGAGAUACCAGUGGUCAGAAGCAAUAUUCAAUUUCCUGCCAUCUAUUCCAACUCACUAUGUUCAACAUUUUACAAGUGGUAAAGAUUAUAUCAAUAACUCACGAGUAGUUAUUGUAUCGUAUGAUUUAUUAUCACGAGCAUUGGAUACAUUCCUUAAACAUGUCUUUGGAUUCAUUAUAUUAGAUGAGUCCCAUACAUUGAAGAGUCUUAAAACAGCACGAACAAAAGCUGUUCAGACAAUAGCGACUCAUGCUCAUCAUGUAGUAUUGCUCAGUGGAACACCAGCAUUAUCUAGGCCAUUAGAAUUAUAUUCACAACUUAAUAUAGUUAAACCAGGAUUCAUGCCGUAUCACGAUUAUGGUACUCGAUACUGUGCAGGAAUUAAGCGUUCAUUUGGAUGGGAUUUCUCAGGUUCUUCCAAUAUGCAAGAAUUACAAUUGUUUCUGAAAGCUACCUGUUUACUCAGAAGAUUGAAAAGUAACGUGUUAAGUCAGUUACCUUCAAAGAUCAGGGAAGUUGUUGUCUUGGAUCCAGUAUUAAUAGAGGCUAGUAAUAAAGAGCUUCAAAAAAUGUCAAAAAAUUUGAACAUUAAGAAUUUGAAAGGGUUUGACAAACAAAAUGCUUUCAUAGAAUAUUAUAAUAUCUCCAGUAAAGCAAAAAUAAAGGCAGUUUGUAAUUAUGUAACUGACUUACUUGAAAGUGGAAAAAAGUUCCUGAUUUUUGGUCAUCACCAUACUCUUCUGGAUGCUAUUUGUGAAGUUGUAACGUCAAAGAAGAUACAAUAUAUACGAAUUGACGGGAAGACAAGUUCGGAGCAACGAAAAUUACAAGUUGAUAAGUUUCAAGAGUAUGAUGACUAUCGAGUAGCCAUUUUAUCAAUAACUGCUGCUAAUGCUGGAUUGACAUUAACGGCGGCACAACUAGUAGUAUUUGCUGAACUUUUUUGGAAUCCAGGGAUUUUAAAUCAGGCAGAGGACAGAGUUCACAGAAUUGGACAAGAAAAUAGCGUUGUCAUUCAAUAUUUGGUAGCUCGAAAAACGGUUGAUGAUCAUCUCUGGCCUUUAAUUGAGAAAAAACUGACGACACUUAAUGAGGCUGGUCUCAAUGAAGACCUUUCAUUUGGUACAGCUAAUGUUACUUUGCAAAAAGUUUCAGAACCCCAGCAACCAAAAAUAAAUUCCUUUUUUGCAAAUACUCAAGGACAAACCAAAAUGAAUGAUUUUGUAGAGCAAAAAUCCAGUACAAAUAUUACAGAUAAUGAUAUGCAAGAAGAAAGUAGCAAUUCAAAUUUACAAGAAAAAGGUUUUGGUCAUUUGCUUGAAUUAAACGCAGAAGAUUUUGAUGAUAUUGACUUAGACAGUAUGACAUAAGAUUUGCUCACUUGUUUUUGAAACUUACAACUAUAACAAUUAAAAUAACAUGGAAAACCCAGAACAUUGACUGAAAAGAUUUGUAUCCGAAGUAAAUUGUUAUGAUUAGUAUUUUUCCCUUGUUUUAUAUAAACCAUGGAAAAAGAUAUUGUAUUUACUUAAUUAUUAUUUAUUGAUAAUGUUGCACAUUUGAGGCAAUAUUCAUAUUUGUUACUUGUCAUCUUUACGUUUUUGUAAAUCAAAUAAAAACUACUAUAGUUGUACUGUAUAAUUAGAUGCUUAUAAAUAGUUGAUAGAAUGUAAGAAUGUACAUCUAAUGAAUUUGAUAAGAGUAAUUUGAUAUAUAUAUAUUUUUGUAUGAUCUUGCACAUAAUACAAGAUAUAUUACUUGAAUUCAUUUCAAUGUGAUACUGAAAUUGUAAAAAGAUUUAGUUAAAUCAAA